AUGUCUUUGGAACCACUCGCGUCCCCCCAUAGCGUUUCCGACUCGGGAGCAGCUUUCACAAGCUCCUCCGCCCUCGACUUCCUCCUCAUCGAACUUGUCCCUCUUGCGUACCGCGUCACUGGCGAGACCCUCCCCCCUCGUUAUUCUGAGAGCAAUGGCGCCGGAGCUCCUACCGCCGCUGGUGCCGCCACGAUAAGCACCGCAAAUACACAGAAUACACCGGCAAAUGGAACUGCCCCCUCGGCCACUUUCCCUAGCCGCGUGGACGAGGACGAUGCGGCAGAUGCAGCAAGGCAUAGGCUUGAGACAUCGGGGUAUCGGGUUGGUCAGGGUUUAGUGGAAAGGUUCUCCCGAGACCGCCCUCGAUUUAAUGACACCCUCGACGUUAUCAAAUUUCUUUGCAAAGACCUCUGGUCUCUUGUUUUUGGAAAGAACAUAGACAACCUAAAGACCAACCACCGGGGCGUGUAUGUCCUAACCGACAAUGUUUUCCGACCAUUCACCCGUAUGAGCACAGAAGCUGGCGGCCAAGCAGUGGUUCGCGCUCAGCCAGUACGUUUGUCUACACUUGACCCCCUCUUUAACCCUCAGUAUGGAGAGACUUUGUUGACCUGGCUUCAGUUCUUAUGGUUUCCUUGCGGAAUUGUCAGAGGAGCCUUGGCCGCGCUGGGCAUCGAAGCUACUGUGCAAGCGGAAAUCAACGAAUUGCCAGGAGCAGUGUUCCAGAUUAAGACCAUUCCUCCAAAAUCUUAA